GGGAAAUAAGGUAGAUGAAACUGAAGGGAAUCGGAGAUAAAAUUACAGGAGAGAGGCCCCGGCGGCGGACCGGGUUCGAGUAAAAAUACAAAAGUGUUUCUCCUUAUUUGCAUAUUUUCCAGUGCUUAGUAAACCUCAAAUUCGCAGAAAAAUAUGGCUGACCCGGAAUUGGAAGCCAUCAGACAAAGAAGAAUGCAGGAGUUAAUGGGGCAACGCGGCAUGGGUAAUAAUCAAAAUUCUGAACAGCAGAAAGUCCAGGAGGAAGCUAAAAGGGAGGCGGAGGAACAAAGGCAAAUGAUCCUUGCUCGGAUUUUGACAUCAGAAGCACGAGCGAGGCUUGCUCGAAUCGCACUGGUUAAACCUGAAAAGGCCAGAGGAGUUGAGGAUGUUAUGAUAAGAGCUGCUCAAAUGGGUCAAAUUGUUGAUCAGGUAUCUGAGGAGAGGCUUAUCUCGUUGCUUGAACAAAUCAACACCCAAACGACUAAAGAAACCAAAGUAACAAUUAAGAGAAGGCAGAGCGUUCUCGAUGAUGAUUAGCCUACCUCAUUCAUCUGCCUCACCUUUACUCGGCCGCGGUGUGACAAAGUGCAGUAUCUCCCCUAAGCAUCUAACGUCGUUGUGAAAACCCUUUUGAAAUUUCAUGAACUAUUCUUCUUGUCCAAUGUAUUCGGAGUUUGAAGAAUAUCUUAUACUCUGUAUUCUCCAGAAUGAGUAGGUGUGGACAAAUUACUCCAUCUUUUUUGCACA